AUGGAAUCUGUUAAAAAUUCUGGCAAAUUAUGCAUAUCAUUUACUGAAAUCUCACCAGAUGAUAUUUCCGAUUGGUCAUAUAUUGAUCAACCAGAUAUGGUAUAUGACAUAGAAUAUACAGGAGAUGAUGACGAUUUAAAUAUUGAUGAUGAAAAAUUAGAUGCAAUUUUGGCAGAUAAGGGGAAUAAAUCAGAAAGUUUUAUGCAAGAAAAUUUAAUAGUUGAAAUUUCAGAUUUCUAUUUUAUUAUUAAUUUACUUUUUUUUUAA